GAGCUUGCGCAGUUGUGUUUGUGCUUCUUGUCUUCUCCCGUCUGCUGGGGUGGUGUGUUUGGUUUCGUGAACCGUCCGUCUACCUCGAAGUGGCUCAUCUAUUGCUCAUGGCUGGUGAUAUUAUGCUUAUGAGCUCCGUGGUGUGAAAAUAAGCCGUUCAAGUGCAGGUGAAGAAUAGUCUGGAAGCAGCCCAAAAUGCGUGAAAGAUUGCUGCUUUUGCUGGAGGGGCAUCGAUUUGAUUGGCAAUAAUAUAUGUAGCUACCUAACUAUUCAACGUCCAUCAGCAAAGCGAUCGAGACGAAAAGGAAACGGCAUCGACGACGACAUUAUUGUGCUCUACAGCGUAAACGAAAAGAAGAUUACACGCAAGAGUUGCCGAAAUCUGGCUUGGAAAAAAAAAACGCUUAUUGGAAGGAAGAAGCUGUAAUCACUAUCUGUAUAGCUAUUUAGCUGCUUGCUGCACAGAGUACUCACAACAGGAAUUGCGACAAACUUUUCUGUGACUUACGAUCGAAAGUGCAAAAAAAUGGGCUUCGUCAAAGAUCCGUGCGGAAUUGUUUGCGUGCUGGUGACCUACUUGGCGGUGAUUUACGCCGACUAUGUGGUGACCCGGUGGAUCAUCCUGCAAACCAUGCAGAACAGCCUCUGGGCCCCGUUUCACGUGGUCGCAUUCAACACCAUCGUGUUCCUGCUGUCGAUGGCUCACCUAAAGGCGGUGCUGCUGGAUCCGGGGACUGUGCCACUGCCGCAAACCCGUAUCGACUUCUCCGAUCUGCACUCGGAACGAAACUAUAACCGCGAGCACGAAGAGUGGACCGUGUGCACCCGCUGUGAGACGUACCGACCCCCGAGGGCCCACCACUGUCGCAUCUGCAAGCGCUGCAUCCGCCGGAUGGACCACCACUGCCCGUGGAUUAACAACUGCGUCGGUGAGAGGAACCAGAAGUACUUCUUGCAGUUUCUGAUGUACGUCUGUGCGCUGGCUCUGUACUCGAUCUUCCUGAUCAUCGCUUCGUGGGUGUACCCCUGUGAGAAUUGCUCGACCACGGUUCCGGAAACGCAGAGCCGCAUGCUGCACAGCGUGCUGCUCCUGCUGGAGUCGGCUCUAUUCGGGCUGUUUGUGAUAGCCAUCAUGGUGGACCAAAUGCAUGCCAUCCUGUAUGACGAAACCGCAGUGGAAGCGGUCCAACAGAAGGGACCCUACCGCAGCCACAGGCCCAAGAUGGCUCUGCUGGCGGAGGUGUGCGGCCGGGGUCAUCCUGCCAUGUGGCUGUUUCCCUGUGCCACGCUGAAUCGGAAGCAUCACGACGUGCCGCUAUUGAGUCACGAUGUCUAAGUUGAUGUGGGGGGUAUUAUCGCUUUAUGUUUUUUUUUCCUUUCAGCAAGGGUAUUAAGUUCCAGCUUCGAUUAUCUUGUAGUUUGAUUCCUAAUUUGCAGACCGCGCGUGAGUCGAACGGAAAAGAGGACGCCAGGACCGUUGCUUGCUAACCGGGAGACAUUAAUUAUGUAUAUGUAUGUAUGUUUACGAGUAGGUAUUUAUUAUCAAGGUGUGGGAGUAAGGUAACAAAGUAAAGCGAUAAAGUAUAUUUUAUGGCUUCCGAUAAAUGGUGGACUAGGUAGAAACGAAAAGCAGAAUAUACAAGCAAUUUGGUUUGAGGUGAAUGGAAGGGAUUUAUUGUUGUGCUGUUUCCAAUGGCGCUUAAGCUUCAAACAAUGCGAAUGAUACUGCAUAAGUCCGGAUUUAUAAGGUUCGAGUGAUCGAAAACAGUAUUUUGAGUGGGCUCAUCCUAAAAUACUGAGCAUCCCAGGGAGUUAUGUCAUAUUCCGUCAAAUUUGGAUAAGCCAUAUGAAUCGAGUUGAAAGCCCCAAAAUCAUUGGAAUCGGCACUCAAAUGAUACGUUAUAAUUAUUGUUUAUUAAGUUAAUAUGCAACAAUAACACAGCAAGCAAAAAUCGUAAGGCCCCGUAUGUAUAGGUAAAAAAUGACGUACAAACAAAUUAACAAAACAGUUUCUGUACUUUGCAUCCAAAGUUCAACAUCAACAAAUCAAACAUGUUUUGAACAAUUUUCUAAAAUUAUAAUUCAAAAAUCACAUACGGUACUGUAAACUACAAUCUCUUUAUUCCUAUCGACCGAAUGUUCACAUGCGCAACCGUAUAUCUUCUCCGUGUGACGAGAACUGAUGUAGAAUACGAUAAUAGCCAUCAAACAACCGUAACAAGAAAGAUUUGAAUUUGAGGUUUCCCCCAUCGUAGAGCAGCACUAUUUCACCGACUUGUGUGCUUUUUCUCCUUCAUCAAUCCCGGAUAUCAUUCCUUAAACCCCUCCCCCUUUCAUUGGUAUAGACAAAACAAUUGGAAGCAAUAUCGAACUACUUCCACAUAUGACGAUAUACACGGCCAAUGAGAACGACACAAAUUUGCAGGAACGCAGCGAUGAAUAAAUUUGGCUUAUGUUUUCCUGUGCAACACCUCAAAAAUCUGCCGGAAAAUGAGGAAAAUUGACGAAAAUUUUACCGGGAUUUUUUCCUGUAAAAACAUGACGCAAGUUAACUCAUCACUGAGUUCCUGCACUUUAUGUGGUUAUGAGUAAACUAAACUCAAAUUUGGGUCGUUCUCAUUCGACGUGUAUGCUCUAGGAGAGAAACACAAACCAAUAGGUAUACCUGAUUUCGCACCGAAUUUCACACCCCACAUUGAAUUAACUUUUAAGCAAAGUGAGCGAGCUUUCACCUUCGAAGAAUUGUUGAUUAUUUUUAAGUACUUUUCAGUUGUAAAUAUCUUUCGCCUGACUUUUUUUUUAGACUUAGAUUUUUUACGAACAGUAAAUUCAUGGGUUGUAGUGAAUAUUAAUUAUGAUUUGCUUGGCAAGUUAUUUUUAAGUUAUCGUUGGUGCUUAGGUUUUACCAAACUGAUACUAGCAAGAAAGUAGCUUUUUUAAAACCAAUGUCAAUGUUGACUCUUUUGUUUUCUUUUUGAUACGAAACAACCACGGUACAGUAGAUUUAUAUGACUAAGCAAUAGAAACGGGAAAUGUGAACGCAUUCUUUUGUACAUAUAUCUUUCUCCGGAGCAAAAUUAGCUGCAAUGCAUGCACUUCAGCUUUGGUUUAGAAUUUCCGCAACAUAAAACGGAAAAAAAACCCCGACUGGCACUGAUGCAAAAUUUUAUCGUUGACAAAUCAGAGAGAAACUUUUUCGAAGCAUUUCUAUAGUUGCAGACCGUGUAGCAUUUUGGAGGGCUAGUUCCGCAUCCACAUGAGCAGGAAGAGGAGAAUCAAAUAAUGCAAACUAUAGUAUGUAAGCAACUGUAAGUGACACAAAUCUAGCGAGUAAGAAAUCGGUAAAUCCAUAACUAUAUAUUUAAAGAAAACACACAAACACACAGCAAACUGAAUGUAACAUUGAACCAUACUGCAUGCAUAAUGGUGAUAAAUGGUUAAGUGUAGGAAGAAGCUCCAGCAAAGUCAUUAUUGAAAGGAAGCGAUCAAGUCUGAGAAAUGUAAAAUGGUUACACUAACAAAAAUAUGUAAAAACUCAAUUGCAAAGCAUCUCAGAUUUAAGAAACAAUGGAAAUAUGAUUUAUUUUUGAAAGACAAAACCGUAGAAUACACGAACUCAACCCACUCAUUCACAGUAAAAGUCUUACGUGCAAACACUCUUUCCUGAAAUAUUGUAGCUCCCCGUUUCCUGAGAAUCAGUGAAUACAUUUGUCAGAUGAGAAUGAUGUGCAAUAA